AUCCUCAGCUAUUAUGCGCUAUCGUGUAACACAGAGGCCAACAAUGACUUUCCGUACUUAAAACAUCACGGUGAUUGUACAUAUAUUUCUAGGGUUUUGCAGCAUUGCUUGGCACACCUUGCUUCAGAACCUGGCAUAGCUCCAAAAGUAAAGGUGAACGAAAUAUGGAUACCAUAGAGAUACCCCAAUUCCGGUGGAUGGGUACGGGUGAAUUACCGGUAACCGUACCCGUGAAAUGUGGCGAGGGGAUCAACUAAAGUAACCCGGACUAAACGUAAGAGGAUUGGAAACAUCUCCUUUACUUCUUGGUAAACAUGGCGGCUGCCAAGGCCAGUUCCAAAACAGGUUUAUGGGCUCAUAUUCAGAAGAUAUGGCAUUCAGCUUGUCUCAAAUUCAGAUACAGGAUCUAGGGAUAACUGCUGAUACACCAAAUAUCCACCCAAGGCAACCCAUGCAGGAAACCCCUGACAACAUGCCAGCAAAUCAUGGUAACAUGCAAGGAAUUCAUGACAAUAUGCAACGAAUUCAUGGCAAUUUGCAACCAAUUCAUGGCAAUGUACAAGCCAUCCAUGGCCAUAUGGAAGCAAUACAUGCAUACGACUGGCAUAUGCAUCCAUUUGACAGAACGAUGGUGCAUAAAUUUUCUGAGGAUUAUUUGCAUUUACAUAUUUCCUGUUUAAAACUGAAGUUUUAG